CUGAGUACACUGAACAAGAACAUUGUAUCCAGUCAACCGCCCCUUGUUUCAUCAUCUGCUGAUUUGACUAUUCCAAAGACAACUGCUACACCGUUGUUACUAGCUUCACCUCAUCAGUCUACCAAUGUGUCAACGAGUUUGCAUACUGGAUUUCUGCGUUCUCGAAGUACCUCAGGAUUGCCUAGGCAACCUUCAUAUACUACUGGAUUUGGGACUGCUUUAAAUAUAGAGACACUUGUUGCUGCCGUGGAACAAAGAGAUACACCAAUUGAGACACCUCCACCUAAAGUUCAGGACAAGAUUCUUUUUAUGAUCAACAAUAUAUCCAUCUCAAAUAUGGAAGCUAAGGCAAAGGAAUUUAAUGAGGUCAUACAGGAACAAUAUUAUCCUUGGUUUGCACAAUACAUGGUCAUGAAAAGGGCAAGCAUUGAACCAAAUUUCCAUGAUCUGUAUAUGAAUUUCUUUGAUAAAGUAAACUCAAAAUCCUUGAACAAGGAAAUAUUGAAAGCCACAUAUGAGAACUGCAAGGUCUUGUUAAGAUCAGACCUUAUCAAAUCUAGUUCCGAGGAGCGCUCCUUGCUAAAAAACCUAGGCAGUUGGUUGGGAAAGUUCACCAUUGGUAGGAAUCAGGCACUAAGGGCUAAAAAGAUUGAUCCAAAAUCUCUUAUCGUGGAGGCAUGUGAGAAAGGAUUGAUGAUUGCGGUCAUACCAUUCACUUCAAAGAUCCUUGAACCUUGCCAGUCAAGUAUUGCAAAUCGACCUCCAAAUCCCUGGACCAUGGGAAUUCUAAGUCUACUUGCUGAAAUUUAUAAUCUUCCAAACCUCAAGAUGAAUCUGAAAUUUGAUAUUGAGGUGCUAUUUAAGAACCUUACUGUUGACAUAAAGGAUGUGAAACCAACUUCCCUGCUCAAAGAUCAUCUGCGCGAAGUCGAGGGAAAUCUAGAUUUUUCAAAUAAAGAUGUUACUGCAUCUCAAACCCCUGUGGUUGCAGAAGUCCCUUCAGGGACCAUCCCUUCACUAACUCAUAUGGAACAACAACCUGAGAUCAAUAUCACAUCCCGAGCUAUGAUCCUUCCAAAUAUACUUAAUCAGUAUGCUGCUCCUGUCCGUCUACCUACAAACAGCACGGUAGAAGAUGACAAAGUUGCUCUGAUGAUGCCUGAGCAAGUGCCCUCGUUGACCCAGGUUUCGCCAGCACAAACACAAUCAACAUCACCAUCUCCAUUUUCUGUUAACCAGCUUAUGGUGGCUAUUCCACGUGAAGAGAUACGUUUCAAAAUAAAUCCAAAGCUCGGCUCCCUUGGUCCACAACUGCAAUAUAGCAAAAUUAUGGAUUUGGCUUUGGAUAAGGCUAACAGGGAGAUAAUACUCCCUGUUAUUCAAAGAAGUGUGACCAUAGCAAGCCGAACUACAAAAGAACUUAUUCUGAAGGAUUAUGCACUGGAGUCUGAUAACAAUACGAUAACUCGAUCCGCACAUUUGAUGGUUGGAACAUUAGCCGGAAGUCUGGCACAUGUUACUUGCAAGGAACCUCUUCGUGUUGCACUAUAUUCUAAUCUUCGGAAUCUCAUUCAGAACCUUAUGAGCGGUAGUGAAACUAUCGAGCAACUUAUUCACACGCUAAUCAAUGAUAACUUGGAUCUUGGUUGUGCCAUCAUUGAGGCUGUGGCAACACGUCAGGUAGCUUCUUGACAAUUCUAAUUCUGCUGAACUAAGUACACCUUUGACUUCUCCUUAAACAGAUUUAAAAGCUUAAGGUUUACAAUCUCGGAUUGUUUUUACAAUUCUAAUGGAAUUGUCAGUUUUCUGGACAUCUGACAAUGAUUACUCAAAGAUAAACUAUAUAGUGUUAAAGGCUAGUUGGGUACUACCACUGUCCUGAAAUGUAAUCGAUUUGAGUUUGUCCUAAGUAACUACAUUAAGUUUGACCAAGUUCAUAGAAAAGAGUAUUAAGUAUUAGUGGCAUUGAGGAGAUCAACUAUAAAAAUAUAUUUCAUAAAUGUAUGAGUUGAAAAUGAUGUUCAUCUAUUAUUGUAAAUAUUAUUCUUCUCUAUAAAUUUGCCAAAUUUAGGAUAGUUUGACGUAGAGCAACUCAAAAACAUUAUAUUUCAGGAUGGGUCUAUUUAUUAUUAACAUCUUCUGUCUGAUCACCAUUGGAAGUAGAUCUGGCUUGGGGUAUAGUAGAUUGAAUAUAGAGGUACAUGGGUGUACAAUAUAUAGGCAAGGAUUAUCAAGUUUGACGUCGGCAACAUGGUCAUGGUGACUGGCGGGAGGAACACCGGGCGUGUAGGAGUCUCAAGAACAGGGAGAAGCACAAGGGCAACUUUGAGACCAUCCACGUGCUGCUUGGAGCUUUUUGCUAUGCCUAGUUUUCUCCUAUUUGUUGUACAAGAAAACAUAGAAUAGAAUUCAAAUUUGGUGGUCGCAAAAGUGUGGAGACUUUAAUUCAUAUAAAGCUAGGCUUAACAUUAGUGCAAACAGUUGUA